AUGGGUUACACGGCGAAGGCGACCAUCCCCCUCAUUCCUCUCGCGAAAGACGCCGUUCUUUUGCCGGGAGUCACUCUCCGCAUCCCAGUGUCGAGUCGUGCGGACAUACCCCUUCUGCUGUCCUCGGCGUUCCAACGCGCCACCAAGUCGAGGACGGGGUCGGCUCAAUUGCCAAUCGGCUGCGUCCCGUUGAACUCGCCCUUUCUGAGCCCGGACGGCAAGGAACUGCUGGAUAGUUCUGCGAAGGAGAGCAGCCGUGAUUAUGACACCGCCGGUAUCGAUCCAGGCAAGGCAAGAAAACAGGAUCUCUACGGGUAUGGCACGCUGGCAAAGAUUAUCGGUGUCCAAGGCAAUUCCAACGCCGACCCGUAUCUGCUCGUCGAGGGUAUCCAGAGAUUCAGAAUAGAUAAGGUUCGACACGAAAGACCACAUUUCGAGGCUGAAGUUACCUUCUACGAGGAUGAAGUACCCGACCUCAACGACGGAGACCUCCGUGCUAGUUUCACCCGAUUAAAGCAACGAUCACGCGAGCUUUUGACACUUCUUCGACUCUCAUCACUCUUCCGACCCGCAUCAAUGGUGCUAUCCCCGCUGAUCGUCCGCCGCUUCGAGUUGUUCAUUGCGAAGAAAGACCUCUCACAGGCAGGCCAGUUGGCCGACUUCAUGACCGACAUUGUCGAAGCAAGUUUUGAAGAGAAGUUAAGGAUACUCAGCACUUUGAAUCUGCACGAGAGACUCGAACGUGUGCUAGCUCUACUUAACAAGCAGAUAUCUGGAAUUAAUGGCAACAUCAAGAUCACUUCCGUCACAUCCACAACCAUCCCCGGCAACCUUCCAAUCGACAUCAAUGACCUGAACCAACAGCAGCGGGAAGCACUAGCCCGGCGGGCAAUGUCCGGACUGAACGGUAUGUCGCCUCCAGGGGUGCCAGGCAUGACCCGCGGCGACGGCGAUGAAGACAACGAAGUCAAUGAAGUCGAUGAGCUCCGGAAGAAGGUCAACGAGGCCGGCCUGUCGCCGGAAGCUCAUAAGGUUGCAGAGCGUGAAUUGCGACGGCUCAAGAAGAUGAACCCUGCCAACGCCGAAUACGGCGUCAUCCGCACCUACGUCGAGAACUUGGCUGAGAUCCCUUGGACAAAAGUAACUGACGACCACCUUGGCGUCGAGACUCUUCAACGAGCUCGCAAGCAACUCGACGACGACCACUAUGGCCUCGAGAAGAUCAAGAAACGUCUUCUCGAAUACCUCGCUGUCCUCAAGCUCAAACAAUCCGUUAAUGCCGACGUCGACCAACAGAUCGCUCGCCUGACCAAGCAGCUCACUCCGAACAACACCGAAGACAGCAAAGAAAUCGAACAAAUUCCAGACGAGGAGCGUGAUGCUGCCACUGCGAAACUUCACGUCCUCAAAUCUAAGCGUAUGGUGGACAAAUCCCCCAUCUUGCUGUUGGUUGGCCCACCAGGAACAGGCAAAACCUCGCUCGCCAAAUCUAUCGCCUUGUCAUUGGGGAGAAAAUUCCACCGGAUCUCUCUAGGCGGCGUGCGCGACGAGGCCGAAAUCCGCGGGCAUAGGCGAACUUAUGUCGCUGCCAUGCCUGGCCUUAUCGUCUCUGGGUUGAAGAAGGUCGGCGUGGCGAACCCUGUUUUCCUGCUCGAUGAGAUUGAUAAGAUUUCCUCGAACAACUUCCACGGCGACCCUUCUGCUGCGAUGCUCGAGGUGUUGGAUCCGGAGCAGAACCACAGCUUCAACGACCACUACGUGAAUAUUCCCAUCGACUUAAGUAAAGUCCUCUUCAUCGCUACGGCAAACUCCCUCGACACCAUUCCCGCGCCUCUUCUUGACCGUAUGGAAACAAUAAGACUGGCGGGAUAUACCACAGUCGAGAAACGCCACAUCGCCAAACAGCACCUCAUACCCAAGCAAAUUCGGACAAAUGGUCUGGGCGAGGGUCAAGUCAUCCUUCCGGACGAUGUUGUGGACGCAAUCAUAACCCAGUACACACGAGAAUCCGGGGUGCGGAAUCUUGAGAGAGAGAUCGGGAGUGUGUGCCGCUUCAAGGCGGUUCAGUACGCCGACCUCCAAGACGCGAACGACACAUCAAAGUACAAUCCCGUCGUGAAGGUCGAAGAACUAGAAGAGAUCCUCGGCAUCGAGCGAUUUGAAGAAGAGAUUGCUGAGAAAGUAUCUCGACCCGGUGUCGUGACCGGGCUAGUGGCCUACUCGAGCGGCGGUCAGGGCAGUAUCCUAUUCAUCGAAGUCGCAGACAUGCCUGGAAAGGGUCGCGUUCAACUUACCGGCAAGUUGGGCGAUGUGCUCAAGGAAAGUGUCGAGGUGGCGCUCAGUUGGGUGAAAGCUCACAGCUAUGAACUCGGCCUCACCCAUGACAGAGACGAGGAUAUCAUGGAAAAACGCGCGAUCCAUGUACAUUGUCCCGCUGGAGCCGUGCCCAAAGACGGACCCAGUGCAGGGUUGGCCCAUACGGUGGCGCUCAUCUCGCUCUUCAGCGGCAAGACCGUGCCACCGACGAUAGCGAUGACCGGUGAAGUCAGUCUGAGGGGCCGCGUCAUGCCCGUGGGCGGGAUCAAGGAGAAGUUAAUCGGCGCACAUCGUGCAGGGGUCAAGACUGUGCUGUUGCCUGUAGGGAACAAGAAGGACGUCAAGGAUGUGCCGGACGAGGUGAAGCGCGAGCUGAGGAUUGUGCACGUCAAGUAA